AUGGGAGAUAACCUCGAUUCACACCUUCGUCUCCUUCGCCUGGCACUCGAUGAAGCAAAAAAUUGCACACCUGUCCCUACGGCGUUCUGCGUUGGUUGUGUCCUUGCAUACCGUUCCACCCCCGAAUCCGAACCGGUGGUAUUAUCCACAGGAUAUUCGCGGGAACUACCCGGAAACACUCAUGCUGAGGCAAAUGCUCUCACUAAAUUUGAGUCUCUGUCGGAUUCCGAUCUGUCUCAGCUGCUUGGGUCGACGGCCCUCAGUAAACGUGGAGUGCUGGCGGAGGCGGACGUCUAUACCACUAUGGAACCAUGCUCGAUCCGAACAUCGGGACUCGCCCCAUGCGCUGACGCACUAAUUUCUGCAAAGAUAAAGAGGUGCUUCAUUGGAGUUGAUGAGCCCGAUGACUUCGUGAACUGCGAGGGCGCCCAGAAGCUGAAGCUUGCAGGCGUGGAGGUUCUUUGGGUAGAUGGCCUUCAAGAGGAAUGUCUGGCGGUUGCACGGCGUGGACACUGA